ACCUGCCGGGCGUGCCGGGCCGCGAGGAAAGCGAGAGUGGAGCGGAGCGCGCGCAGCCGAGAGGAGUGCCAGCAGAGCCGCGCAGCGAGUGAUAGUGACAGCGGCAGCGAGUGACAGCCGAGAGGAGUGACAGCGGAGCCGCGCAGCGAGUGGUAGUGACAGCGCCAGCGAGUGACGACCGGCGCCCAUCGCCAGUGACUUGACAGUGAUUCUGAAGCCCGGACAACAACUCUCAGGAUUACGACCGCCGGUUGGCGAUGAGGUGCAGGUCCUGCAGGAGGCCCUAGGCACCCAGCUGACCAGCAGCCUCAGCAGCGCACCGCCAGCACCAGCCACAGCAGCGAGGACGUCCAGCAUGAUGGAGACGUGGAUGGAGGACGUGCAGCGGCACUGUGCGCCGUGGACCCGCUGCCAGUCGCAGUACAACAGCGCGGCCUGCCUGCCCCAGAGCGAGGUGCAGAUGAUGAAUGGAGAUACGUCAGUCCUGGCGCCACACAUUAAGAAAGAAGUUGAACAGAACACGUUCCAAGCUUGUAGUCCAUCUAACAGUGAAAUGUACUCACCCACAACCACAGUACUACCGCAAGAUAUGGAGUAUUGUGAAAGCCAAGAGUCACAAAGGUAUGAAGUCUCCCAAUCUCACUCACCUGGAAGCCCUGAUCAGCAGUUUUGUUCUUCUACAACACAGUCUAUUGGUGAUGCCAUGAUGGGUCAUAUUGAGGAGGGAAUGAAGGAAGAGGAUGUUCCAAGACGACUCUGUCUUGUAUGUGGUGAUGUUGCUUCAGGAUUUCACUAUGGUGUAGCAUCAUGUGAGGCAUGCAAAGCAUUUUUUAAGAGGACAAUUCAAGGAAACAUUGAGUACACUUGCCCUGCAUCAAACGACUGUGAGAUCAACAAAAGGCGCCGCAAAGCCUGUCAAGCCUGCCGCUUCCAGAAAUGUCUGCGAAUGGGUAUGUUGAAGGAAGGUGUUCGCCUUGACCGUGUUCGUGGAGGGCGUCAGAAGUAUCGACGCAAUCUUGACAUACCCUAUCAAGUGCCAGCUCAUGUGCCUGCAAAGCCAACUCCCACCUUACAAGAUAACAAAAUGCUUGAAGCACUAGCAGCAUGUGAACCUGAUCCGCUUGUUGUCUCUCCUGAACCUCGGCAAUCUGGUAUCAGCCCAGAAACUCGAACUUUGAGUAUGCUCAGUGACUUGUAUGAUCGUGAACUGGUGAACAUAAUCAGCUGGGCUAAGCUGAUUCCAGGGUUUUUGGAGUUGCCUCUAAAUGACCAAAUGAGGCUGUUGCAAAGUACAUGGGCUGAAAUUUUGACCCUUACUUUGUCCUUUCGAUCAUUGCCAAGCACAGGAACACUUCGAUUCGCUGAUGACUUCACCCUUGAUGAAAAGCAAGCAAGGGACUGUGGUGCACUUGAGCUGUAUCAGCAGUGUACACAAAUUGUGGAGCGCUUGGAAAGGCUAUCUAUUGCCAAAGAGGAAUAUUUCUUGCUUAAAGCUCUGGUUUUAGCCAACUCAGAUGUCCGUCUUGACCAAUUUCAUGUUUUGAAAAAGUUCAGAGAUUCAAUUCUGUCAGCACUUGAAAACUGUGUGUUGGUAGUAAGACCAAAUAACUCCACAUACCAUUUGCAGCAUUUGCUGCUUUGUCUACCUUGUCUUCGACAGGCAGACACUGCUGUCCGUCGGUAUUGGAGUGGUGUUCAUAGAGAAAACAAGGUCCCCAUGAAUAAGCUGUUUGUUGAAAUGCUGGAAGCAUGUGUACGGUAACUUGUUUGAGUCCCCAUUGAUAUGUUUAAUCACCUCAAGUGUAAUUGGCCUAGUACUUAGUGUACUGCUAUUACUAUGCAUAUAGUUUCCUAAAGCAAUUUGGAUGGCAGCUAUUUCUGCAAUAAUAUUGAUAGAUUUCUGCUGUUUUAGUAACAUUGUUAUAUCUUAAUUUCACAAAAGAUAUUUCUUAGUUGCUAGUUUUACUGCAAAUCUGUUGGGGUUGCCACCUGUGUAUUGUGGUUAAACGGAAUUUUGGCCUUAGUGUAAUUCUGAAAUCAAAGUGGCACUCAUGGUAAAGAACAAGCUGCAACCACUAGCUAGCACUAACCUUCUACCUGUAGCGCAUACUAACUUAAUGUGAUACUGCUUCUAGCUCUAGAUACUAGAAAUUGAGAUCUUGUUUGUCAAAUGAACUAUGUGAAGGAACAAUAGGAUAAGCUGACCUUGUCAGUGCAGCUUUGCCUGUAGUUUGGUCUCAGGGAAGGAGGCAUCACUGUGUUAAUUGUCAUUUGCCAUCUUGCACAUGUGAUGUUAUCAGAUUUUUCUCGAUCAGUUAUAUCCAUUAGAUUAUUGGAUAUAUUCCUGAUGUGUAAAAAUCUUUUGUAUAAGAAAUUCAGUUUAAAAUUUGGAGAAACUUACAACAUAUUUUCAUCAAUCUCUACUGCCACUUGAGUGUUCUUCUCACAGAACUGCCAAAAAUUAGUUUCUUGCAUGUGCUGGACUGGAUUGAUAUGAAAGAAAAUCAAGGAAGCCAGAACUCCUUACCUUUGGUGCCUCCUGUAUUUUAUUUCUUUAUUUAAAUUGUAAUAUUUCUUAAUUGACAAAGGAAACGCCUCAGUUACUAGAUAGUUAGCAACUCUGAAUAAGCAAAUAGUAUCUGUUGGAUUGAAAUUUUUUACCAAAUGGAUUUAUUGCGUUAAGAGCAUGCUCAGGAACUAGUCCCCUGAGCUGGAAAAUGUUUGCCAGCUGCAUAUAAUAUGGAUAUCAAAUUUCUUGCUGACCAGAGGAUAUUUAUCUUCAAAGUAAGAUGUUUUUUCCCCUUUGACUUCAAUGGGAAAUGUCUACAAGUACAGUAUGUAUGAGUAUUUUUGUAAUUUUUUGUUUUUAGUACCAUGAGAGCAAACAAUCUUUCAUCACACCUUUUGUUAGGUCACUGUUACUUGCGCUCUAUAAACAAUAAGAGCUUGAAGAUAAGUGGUCUGACUUGUCCUACUGUUAGCAUCUAUUUUCAAAUUGUCUCCUUUGUCAAUUUAUUUUUCAAAUGAAUCAAAUUUGUCCAAAAAUCGUGAGUUUGUGCACCUUAACAUUUCUGUGGUGUCUGUGUACAUACAUUUUAGUAAAUAUAUAUUUUUAAGGACAUAUCACAUUAGGAAAAGGGUCAAAGAGUUACGAUACAUUACGAUUGGCUGUUUGGUGUAGAACAGUUAUGUGUGCCAAAUAUGGUGAGAAAGUUUGUAAUGGUAAGAUAUUCCCUUUUUGUGGGACUGCAGAAGUGUUGGUUGAUUAACAGUACAAAGGUCAGAUGGACAUAAAUGCCUUGGAAAUAAGUCCCUGGAUUUUAGUUUUGAAAUGUGCCUUCUUAAAAGAUGGGAAAAUUUUGUCCUCUAAUUAUUCACACAGUAAUGUUGCUUUGAAAAAGGUGUUUUAACUUCCUGUAGUCACACUGAUGUAGUACAAAUGCUUUGUUUCCCUUUUUUUUUUGUUUGGAUAACUUUUCCCAAACACUCCUGAUACGAGUGGUGUUCUGUAUAUGCAAAGGAUGACUCUGAUCAGGAUGACGCUUAAAUAUUAGUUGGUCUAACUAAUGUUCUAUCUAAAAUUGAUUUGUUUUUGAGUUACUUGCAUCUUUCUGGUUAUUAAUUGUAAUGUGUACUCUUUUUGUUCCAAUUGUGCACUUCGGGUCAACAUACAUUUUAAUUUUUAGCCCUUUAUCUGUUGUUUCUUUUGUUUGUUUUUUCCAAUUGUAUAUUUUGAAUCUUUAUGGAAAUGUAAAUUUUGAUUUCAACUGUAUACUUGUAAGUAUGUUAGUCUAUGCCUGAAAUUCUUACAUUUCAUUUUGGAUGUAUAUAUUAUUGACUCUAUAGAUGUUUCAGUGAGAAAGCUGUUGCUUGUACUUGUGUCCCCCUAACAGUAAUUUUGUUAAGAUCAUGAUUUGUUACAUGUUUUCCAUGUACCUAAGUUCAUGUCUUAAAGUGCUAGAAAUUUGCUUGGAACACACACUGCUUUAUCAGUAGAGCUGUCAGUUUUUUUUUUUUUAAAGUGGACAUGCAGCAAUUAAUUUUUGUUUUUGUAAACGGUUUUUCUUUUAUUUCUUGUUAGGCUCUUCUGAGUUUUAAUAGAACUGUGAAUAAUGUAUAUAUUCAUUAGCAAUGUGUAACUCCCACCUCCAAGGUUCUGUGAAGGUUUCAACAAAAUAACUUUUUUUUUUUAAUCUGUGACUAAAGUUGAAAAGCUGGAAUUGGCCUUGUGAUUUUGAUUGAUUCUUGUCAAUUCGUAUAAUCCUGUGAUUUCCAGCCAGCUCUCCUUUUUUUCUUAAAUUGUAAUCACAGAACUUUGGUUUUCAUGUGAUAGAACUCUAGAAAGUAAUGUUUGUUACACAUGUGUAUUCUUACAUGGUAUGAUAAAAACAUCAAGUCCAAAGGUUAAUUGAUUGUUUGCUGUGAAUUUAUUUUCUUUUUAGAUGGUUCAAUUUUCUGAAUUGUAUCUCCUUUUUAGUUUAUGAAUGAGUGUUUGUGGAUCUCGAUGGCCAUAUCCUCAAUAAUUUUAUUUAAUUCUGCAAGAUGUAUGAUGUGAGUGCACAAAUGAGAAUUAAUGCCACGUAGCUUUUAAUUAUGCAACUCUCUUUUGUUAUUUAGUAUUUGUUUAAAAAAUAAAUUAUGCUGAUUUCUUGUAUAAUGACCUGGUGGGAUGUAGCAUUUACCCAUUUGUAUGAAAUGUGUGUAAUGGUGUGGAUGUACCUGAGUUUUAUGUCUACUGUAUUUGAAUGUGGUCUAUCUGGUUGUCUGCUAAUUGGCCUUGUCAUGCUUUCAGAUGACCAAUGUCAAACUCAGUGUUAAUUAUUUGUACCAAUUAUCCAAAGGUUUUUAAGUAAGAGUGAUGGUUUUAAAUCACAAGAAAAGGCACACAUCUACCUCAUGGGCUGUUUCAUGGAAAAUUGAGAUGAUUGAUAUUAAAUCUUUUACGUUUGUCGGAAAACUAUUGUUUCACAUGUUGUAGAUGUAAAUGGAAGGUUUAUUAAACAAAAAUGAGCAUGAGUAGAACCUACUUUAGGAUUGCUACAGCAUCACCAAGUGUAAAAGGUGGAAAUGUUUGUAUUGACUGUUCAUUCGGUUUACUGUUCAGGCUCUUUAUUAUUUAUGGUACACAUUCUUGAUCUGAGUUUUGUUGAUUUUAUAAAAAUACUGUUGAGGUUGUCCAAGGGAUUUCUGAAAUUUAAUUAUCUAGCAAAGAUUCAAAGUCCUCUUGGUACUUGUAAUUGACAUCUCAUUAUUUUUUUGUAUGUGUGUCUGUUAAGUUUGAUUUCAAGUGGCAGUUAGGUGUGUGGACCAUAGUUGUUGAUUUUGACAGUCUGCAUUAUGUUGUGUUAAGUCAGGGAUGAAUAACAGCUUACACCACUUAGCUCAUUUAGUUUAUUGUUGUUCCAUGAACAUGUUAAAUUUAUUUUGAAAAAGAAAGCUUAAGUGUUUGAAAAAUUGUUAAGUACUCUUGUUAAAUUUGAUUUUGUUUUAAAUUUGAGCUUGAUUUUCAAACCUCAAAAAUUUACUUGAUUUAAUUAUUUAGCCUACUGUUGUUUAGAGUGAAUAUUUUAAAUAAUGUUUUGUCUCAACAAUGUUGAUAACUCCAUAAAUAUUUUUUGUUUAGAUUACAUUGGAUACAUGUUGAGCAAGUGAUAAGCUGGUCUUUCACGUAUAUGAGGGAUAAAGAAUAUAGUUUAUGAUACUAUAGCAGUUAAUGUAUGUCUCACAAAAGCAUACAUACCACAAACUGUGUGGUAACCAAAUUCAGCAUUUUGCCUUCUACUACAUUGCUACAUGAUCAUGAUUGUAUCUAAAAUAUCUCUCUACUGUAUGCGGUGUCUAAAGCAUAUCUUUGUCCAAAAUUCGCUAUGGGAAUAUUGUUAGAUUGGAUUACUUGUAAGACCUGCCGCAUACGUGAUUAAAAUGAAAGAAAUAUGCAUCUAA